AGCAUAUAUAUGCAAGUGCACGUUCUAUACAUCAGCAUCUCACCUAGUUAAUUCUGACCUACAAAGCUGAAGACCCAGCAAGUCCACGAUUCAUUUGUCUGUAAGCACUGGUCGCCACUCUCUCUCUCUCUCUCUCUCACAACUGAGGAUGCUCUCCAGCAGCUCAGAGCUUCCCAGACCGUCUCUCCAGAUCAAACAAGAUGACAAGUUCUACUGCAGGCUGCUGUCCAAGGAAGGCUCUUUGACCCACCCGUCAUUUAGGGUGUACUACGGGGUGGCCUCCGGCGCAGUCCCGUUCUUAUGGGAGUCGCAGCCUGGCACGCCCAAGCACACCGCCUCAAGCACCAACCUGCCACCUCUCACUCCUCCGCCCUCCUACUACUGCAGCACCAAGAACAAGAGUUGUCGGAAGUCCCCCAAGUCGAAUCUGAUCCAGAUCAUACUCCCCAAGCUCAGCUUGAGGAAGUCCCACAAGUCGCCCUCAUCGUUGUCCCCGGCAACAUCUCUCAGCUACGAUCACCGCAGGCGGCACUCCAUCUCAGGGUCGUCCUUCUCAUCAAGGGGCGACGGGGAGGAGUCCGAUGACGGGUCCCUAACAUCAACUUUCUGCUUCGGGGUGCCACACAGGGCUGGCGGCGGGCUCAAGCGUUGCUUCUCCGCAGUGCUUAUGAAGAACACGUUGCUGCCGAUCGCCGGUCGUGGAUCCGGCCAAGGUGCUGCUGCUUAAGCGUUCAUCUUACCUACUGCUGCCGUGUGUUUCGGUAGUGGUCUCUGUGGUCAUCAGUCUCAUACAUCAAAGAUAAGAUUAGUCUAAUAAUAGCUACGGAUGAAGUGUUUGUCCUGCAUCCAAAAUAACGUGGCUUAAAGGUUUGUAGUGGCACAGCUCACGCUGUUUCCUUUUGGGUUUCGUACUCUUUGUGACAUGUAAGUUGUCCCAGUACAAGAUUGGAGCUUUAUUGAUGGAA